AAAACCCAAAAUCCCAACAAAAAAAUAAAACAAAAAAUAUUCAUAUAAUAGAAACCCUCUCUCUCUAGCCUGUCCGUCUAUGGUCUAUAAACGCUACUACACCUUUUCCGAUGACCUCCGGGCACUGUAAUUACUGAAACCCAAGCUCCCACGCUGCUCUGACCCGGCCACAUGUCCGAAAACGACGUCGUGAAGCGGACGUUCCGGGCGCUGGUGGAGGGCGCCGACCGGAAGUUCGCUAGGGUUCGCGAUGUGCCGGCGUACGGACGCCUCCCCAACCAGCACUACUUCCACAAGGUCUUCAAGGCCUACAUGCGCCUCUGGAAGUACCAGCAGGAGAACCGCUCCAAGCUCGUCGGCGCCGGUCUGAACCGCUGGGAAAUCGGCGAGAUCGCCAGCCGGAUCGGCCAGCUCUACUUCGGCCAGUAUAUGCGGACCAGCGAGGCCCGAUUCCUCAUCGAGGCCUACGUCUUCUACGAGGCCAUUCUCAGCCGCAACUACUUCGACGGCUCCGCCGGCUCCAGAGGUUUUGGGAAGAAGGAUAUCGGAGUCCGGUUCAAGGAGCUGAGGUUCUACGCUCGGUUUUUGCUCGUUUCGUUGAUUUUGAACCGGACCGAGACAGUUCAGCUUCUUGCUGAGCGGUUCAAAUCGCUUGUUGACAACUGCAAAGCCAAUUUUCGGGACACUAAUUUUAAAGAAUGGAGGCUAGUGGUGCAAGAAAUUGCUCGAUUUAUGAAAGUUGAUACGGCCUUUAUGAAUGUCAGGCCAUUGCGAUACUCCACCUUGUUUGAUUCACAUCCAGCAUCUCUUCAAUAUGUUACUCGUUUCCAUGCAAAGAGAGUUUUAAAAUUUCAAGAUGCAUUGUUGACAAGCUAUCACCAUAAUGAGGUCAAAUUUGCUGAACUUACAUUGGACACUUUCCGAAUGCUGCAAUGUUUGGAAUGGGAGCCAAGUGGGUCUUUCUACCAAAAGCGCCCAGUUGAACCAAAGGAGAAUGGCGUUUUUAUUGAACACUCUGGGGCUUCUGCAGCAUCUGGUGUAAUUGAUUUGAACUUGGCUGCGGACAUGACUGAUCCAAGUUUACCACCAAAUCCCAGGAAAGCUGUUAUCUAUCGUCCAUCUGUGACACAUUUGAUAGCGGUGAUGGCUACAAUUUGUGAGGAACUCCCUCUGGACAGUAUUAUGCUAGUGUAUCUGUCAGCCUCAGGGAAGGUUGAUCACAGUAAUACUAGUCAGGUGUACAACUCUGGGGGAUCACAGAAGUCCUUAAAAAACAAAGUUCCUCUCCAAGAUCAGAACAAGUUUCAGCCUGAAUCACGUAUAAAUAACAAGGGAGAGUCAAGUGGCUAUUAUGAUCAAUAUCUAUGGUUUGGCCCUAGAGGAAAUGGUGGUUUGAAUAACCUUUACCCCGGUGAUAUAAUUCCUUUUACUCGUAGACCACUUUUCUUGGUAAUAGAUAGCGACAACAGCCAUGCAUUCAAGGUUUUACAUGGAGCGGAAAGAGGAGAGACGGCUGCUCUGCUUCUUUCACCUAUGAGACCAGCAUUCAAGAAUUCAGCUGAUGCUGAUUUAACGCAAAAUGGAAGUCAGUUUACCUUUUUCUUGACUGCUCCCCUGGCAGCUUUCAGCCAAUUAGUUGGCUUCUCCUCUUCUGAUACUGAAGCAGAGGUUUAUAGCAAUGCUGAAAGCCUACUCUCUGCUGCCUUCUCUGAGUGGGAAGUUAUUCUUUGUACAACGACAAGCCUGGAUCUGGUAUGGGCACAAGUUAUAUCCGAUCCUUUUUUGCGGCGACUUAUUCUGAGAUUUAUAUUCUGCAGAGCAGUGCUUUAUUUCUUCUGUCCUCCUGAAGACAGCGAGCAGCAUUUGCCGGUUUGCCUUCCUCUUCUCCCCAAUUCAGUUUCUGCAGAUUCUGAAGUUGUGCGGUCUGCUGUCCAGAGGCUUGCGAAGCACCUCAGCGUCUCCGACUUAUUUCACCUUGUUGAGACAUGAUUAGUGAAUGAGAUAUCAAAGCUGGAUUGUUAGUAUAGCAGCAUUCUGGGGUUAAGUCUCGUGGAUCCGGUGUGUCACCAUGCGACCGCAGCACAGAUGAAUCAAUUGGCGUACUCGGGUCGGAGGUUGAGAAGAUAAAAAUGGGUUGAUGGGCUUGAAAUAUAGAGAGAAUGUUGGGAGGCCUUUGUGUCUUGAUGUGUAAUGGUGGAGUUAUUGUGUUUAGGUUGGUGCCUGAUCCUUGGAAUUACAUAUAGUUGCGUAUACCUUUGUAAAAGAAAAUGAAAUGAGCUAGUGAUACAAAAUUUAAAUUAGUUUUAACCAUUCGUGACUUCGAUUUUACGUUCUCGUUCAAGCUUCUGAAUAGGCCAGUGGAUCUCAGAUAAAUUUUUCAACUCCACUUUGUGAUUCUUCGAGUUUUUGGCUUCUAUUUUGUACUUUGUAUUUUGUUUAAACACCUUCAUUGUCAUUAAUUUAUUUAUUCAGUGUAUUAAUAAUACCGUAGUUGACACAA